AUGGUGUCAGGGCGAGAUGUCAAGCACCCAGUACGCCACGAAGGCAUAGCUGCCAAUGCUGGUUCCACGAUUCCCAGCAUGGAGGACACUUUUCCCGGGAACCUGACACAUGAACAUCUACUCGAACUUCACGUGGCUGCCAUGGUUGUCGGUUUCACCAGUCUUUUGGCGACGCUUGUUGCAGUGGCAUUCUUUAUACAGAUGCGCCGUAGAUUUCGUCACGACCUCAUCCUUUUGUUAAUACUAAGCGACAUGCUGGCAACAUUCUGGCUUGUACUUCUUCCCGCUAUCGAGCUCGCGCGUGGCCGAAUACCUUCCAACUCAACCCUUUGUCAAAUCAGUGGAUUCUUCCUGUCCGUCGGAAUCGAAGCAUGCGACUUGACGGUGCUCCUCAUCGCUGUCCACACAGCUUUGUACAUAUUCAGAGGACGAAGCGGACUAUAUCCGUAUCGGUUUCUCGCUUAUGCCCUAGUUGCAACAGGGUCCUUGAUGCUUACAUCUCUAGCAUUCAUCAACAAUCCGGGAUUCGUCAAUUCUGGUGCGUAUUGCUAUUUUCCCGCCAGGCCAACCUGGACGCUGAGGUUCCUGAGCUGGGUACCACGCUAUGUGGUUUGCGCGGUGAUGAUAUUUAUAUACACCUGUAUUUACAUUUAUAUGAGGUGCAUCAUGAUCAAAGUCGAUGAACCAAACAAACGGAGGAAAGUUGAUGAACCGUUCUUCAGCCGACUACAGCAACUACCAAGACGAGGCUCGGUACCCCCUACGCCCCCAAUAGCGUACCACGGACUCAUCCCUCCAACACCACCAAUCGACAACACGCAACCGGAUUAUGGUUGGAACAGAGGAGCAAGAUACAGCCAACACGGAGGAUCGAGAAAAGGUUCCCUCGUUGGAAACGGGGGUGGACAGCCACUUCUGAAGCCACCUGUGUCGGCAACCUCACAAACUGACUGCGAGGAACGGAGUCUUAUUGUAGCCAAAGAUCCAUUCAAAGACUAUCCCCCAAGUGUCCACUGUCGAAAUGGCUCGAAGGAUGAAGCCACGACGCUCUCGCCAACAGACCGCCCUGCCCCGACACAGCACAUUAUUGGCUGUUCGUGCAUGGUUUGCACAGGGGCUGGCACGCCUCACAUUCCGCCUCCGCUGAACAUAGAAUUACGACUGCAGGAUGGUACCGGCGAGGCUGAGUUGCCGACCAAUUUCGUUCUAUCACCCACCACACUCAUUGAAACAGGCCUGCCGAAUCCACGGCACAAGAUCCGUCGCCAGCUGAGAAGAAAAUUCAUCUAUCCCGUGUUUUAUAUUCUGGGAUGGAUGGUUCCGUUUGCCGCCCAUGUGUCCCAGGCUGAUAGGACUGGACGCCCCUUCCCGCUGGUCCUGGCUGGGCUUAUAAGCCUCUGCAUUCAAGGCCUGGUGGACUCGGUGGUAUUCUUGAUGCUGGAAAAGCCGUGGCGUCAUCGCAAGCGCCCCGCCUGCUUUAUGCCUCUGCGCAAGUGCUCCACGAUGAAGAAUAGUUCGGCGAGAGUUGGCCGGACCAGAGAAGAGAUGCUUGUUGAGGGCCGACUGGCAAAGACAAGAAGGGACCGGGAAGAGGAAGAUCAACGACGUCAGCCACAACGGCUAGAGACAAAGAAGCGCGAGUGGUGGGAUGCUAAACUUCCUGGGAUAGACGAGUCGGGAGACGAGGAUUUAUAG